CAAUAGAUGAAGAGAUGUCACAGUGGGGCUGGAAGAGAAAGGAGAAAGAGAGGGCAGAGGGACCAGGCGAUUGUGAAAAAGGGACAAAGUAGCAGGAGCAAGGGGUUCACUAGUCUUCCUCUCCUUGAGCAGUCCUGAGGGGGUCGGACUUUGUUCUUCUGUGGCACGGCCGGUUGAAAGCUGAGUGAAUAUGUUACACAGCCCACUAGUUUAUAAGUCAUCCCCGAAACCUGACCAGGAAGGGAAGAGGGAAAGGAGGAAAAGGAGAAAAGGAAUGGGAGUGAGAAGCAACAGGAGAACAGAGGAGCGAGACUAACAAAAAAGGAGCAAAACAUCAAAAUCAAGUGGAACUCUGCGGUUUUCCAACAUUACAACAACAUAUUUAUCCCGUUUGCAGUAGUGUGGUCCAGCUGAUGCAGGGAUGUGGAUGGAUACCAAAACGGAGGCAAAGGAGGCCAGCGGGAAUCGUGCCAGCCUCAGACGGUGUGUGUUGAGCGGUCUGCUGUUGUGUACUGGGGACAUGGAGCACUUGGAUAAGUACAUGCAGGAGAAGUUGUUUGUGAUGCAGCUGGUGGUGUGGGGCCUGAGAGGGGUGACCAGGGUGAUCCUAGCCAACAACCCGCUGAGUGGUGCUCUCAUUCUGGCCGCACUGUACUGGGCCUCCCCCUGGCAGGCCCUGCUGGGAACUUUGGGUGUACUGGUCUCUACGCUAACAGCUGUUAUAAUGGGCCAAGACAGUGCUGAGGUGUCAGGAGGUCUCCAUGGUUUUAACGGCAUGUUGGUGUCUCUGCUGAUGGGGGUGUUCAGCUCAGCCGGAGACUGGUACUGGUGGCUGCUGCUGCCUGCCUGCUUGGGGUCAGCUACAUGUGUCUUUCUAUCCAGUGGUCUCUCUCCAGUGUUGGAGCGCUGGGACUUGCCUGUCGCUGUGUUUCCCUUCAACAUUAUCAUUGUCCUCUACCUCCUUUGUACCGGCCCAGACAACCCCUACUUCCCACACCACCCGACAACGCCACCAGGGCUGCUGGAGCCCAACGGCACAGAGCUCAUUGCAGUAGAGGUAAUGCUUGGCAUCCCUCUGAGUGUGGGUCAGAUCUUUGCCUGUGGAGCCCUGGGGCCCUCCCUCCUCAUCCUGGGAGCUGUUCUGCUCUACUCCCCCCUGCUGGCCGCCCAUGCUCUGCUGGGAUCAGCAGUUGGAACGUUGGUUGGUUUAUCCAUGGCAGUGCGUCAUGAUUCUCUAUACUCUGGUCUCUCUGGGUUUAAUGGAGCUCUGGGCUGCAUGGCUGUUGGAGGACUCUUCUUCACCUUCAGCUGGAGGACCCACCUCUAUGCCAUCGCCAGUGCCUUCCUCUCUGCAUAUUCUGACAUCGCUCUGAGCAAUCUGCUGGGAACUAUUGGUCUCCCAGCAUGCAGUUGGGCAGCUACUCUCACAACCUCACUGAUGUUGCUGCUGACCGGCAGUUUAGCAUCGUACCGCAUCCCUAUUGGUCGAGUCAUGGCUCCUGAACACAACCUGUGCUCCCACAGCCAAUGGGAAGCUGGGGACACCGCAGACAGGGAGAGCACUGAUGUCUAACGCUAGGACACACACACACACACACACACACACACACACACACACACACACACACACACACACACAGAGUAAUGUAUCAGUACAUUCUGUGUUGGCUACAAUACAUAUAUACAUAUUUAUUAUAAACAUUUAAUAAGUAGAUUCUUUAUAAAUACAAAAAAAGUAGAUUCAACAUUUUGAGGAAGUUUUGUUCACUAGAUGGUGAUAUACUGUGUGUUCAGCACUGACAUGUUGAAAAUGUUUGGUAUCACAGCUGUUAGAUAAGCCUCCAUAUUAAUCCAACCAUUUCCAUUGCAUGUGUAACAUUUCCAACCACGUUUUGCCACUUGUGUAAUUCCAGUAAGUAAGAGUUUUAACUCACCAUGACAGAUGAGAAAUAAAGCCAAAGAAACAGCCAAUUUAAAGUCUUUUAAUAGGCAUGAAAUCAACCGGUCAGUUCAAUAAAAUCAUUGCCGUCGUCAAAAUGACAGUUUAACUGUUAAUGUCAACAAAAACACAGACUGAAUUAUUUUUAACCCCUUCAUUACCCUGCAUAGACAAACUACAACAUAGCACUCCACUGGACUCAUUGUAGAAACAGUUAGUACAUGUAUCUCAAUGCAGGCAGACAGUGAGGCGAUUUGUACACACAGAUGACAAGUGAUGUGUUUCUGAAAUGGACCGAGUGGUCAGCUGCUUAGACAAAGAAGUUAAAGGCAACUGUUGAAUCUCGACUUAUUAAAAUGAAAUUCUAAAUGAAAAA